AAAAUACCAGAGUCGUAUUUAAACGAAUAAAAGAAAUGUCAAUCUACUACUUCGCAAAAGCCCGAUGUAUGAAUACGAUGGAAUAGAAAUAAUGAGUACAUUCAGCAGCAGCAAAUAGUCCUCGUCUAAGAAGUGGUGGUUACAUAUUUUGGUGAAAAAAGCAAAAAAAAAAAAAAAAAUAAAAAUAUUAUUUAGUACAAGUUACACAAAAAAAGAAGCAGUGGAAUAUUCAAAGGCAAUCUAAGCGAAACAAAUGUUUUUAUGUUUGUUACUUUAAGUUUGGUGUUUGUGUUGCAAAUUUUCAUCAUUCCAAAAAGUUGCAUAUUUUCAAUUAGCAAAAAUUGAAUGCCUAAAAUUAUACCACAAAAAAAGAAAAGAUUUUCCAAGAAGAAAUUUGAUUUGCUGGAGAAAAGCCCAAAACAAAAGAAAAACUAAAUAAAAAGCAAGACGAAGCAGAAGUUUCAAGAACAAGUACCUACAUAGUACAAUACCACCCCAGAAUCCUCAAUCAGCGAUAUUUUUAAAACGCAAAAACGGACAUCUGAUACUCAGAUCAGGCAAAUUAAAAUUGGCUCAUUGAAUUGGACCACAGUGAAACUGAAUUGCGAAGCAACAAAAAAUAUAUGAAAAGCAAGUUAAAGCUGUGAAUAUGCGUGCGUUGAUCGAGGAUACAAAGAAACUGAGUGUGAAUAAUAAUAAUAACAACAACAAUAAUAGCAACAGCAGCACCAGUACCAGUACCAGUGGUGGUGGUAUUGUCAAGACUACAACAACAGGAAACAACAGUAGAAGUAACAGGACAUCUGGAACGGCAACUGCAAGAAACAAUCUUAGUGGUGCCAGCAAGACAAAUCAAACGCAAUUGAAACAAAAGCUACAAAUUCAACAACGGUGCAGUGCAGCAACCAAGACAUCCUUUACUAAUAAAGCUAUGCAACAACAACAAAAACAGCAACAAACGACAAUAACAAAUACGAGUACCAACAGUAAUACAAAAACCACAAAUUGCCCUCCCCCAGCUGGGGUGAAACUACGUGCAAAACAGCAACCACAAAAGCAACAACAGCAGCAGAAACAACAACAACAACAGAAUCAGAAAAGCGAUAAUCAUCACAACAACAAUUCGUCAUCAUCAGCUGCAGUUGUGGCCACAGGAAAAGUUGAUACCUCAUCUUCGUCACCUGGCAAAGCCCUAUCUAAGCCACCCUCUCAUGGCACAACCACAAGCGAAGAAAUUUCUGGUGGUGUCCAAGACACCAUUUAUUUAUGCAACUUUCGGGUAUCCGUCGAUGGUGAAUGGCUAUGCCUAAAAGAGUUGCAAGACAUUGACAGCACUCCAGCACCCAUCAGUGCUUCGUCGGGUGUCAUUUCUGGCAGUGGUGGUGGUGGUGGUAGCAACCGCAAUUCUCAGUACUCGCAAAAGAAUAAACGCUACUCGGCUGGUGAUCGUCACUCCUAUGCCGGCAGUGGCAGCGGUGGCCCUUUCGAGGAUAAUGCACGCGAUCCAGCCGAAAUCGAGCGCAGUAAUUUGGUAAAUAUCUGUAAAUUGGUAGUCAAAGAAUUGCUAGAACAAUCGGUGCGUUAUGGUCGUAUGUUGGACUCGGAUCAUUUGCCAUUGCAACAUUUUUUCAUUGUUAUUGAACAUGUACUGGGUCAUGGGUUGCGAACAAAAAAGGGUUUAUUGGGUCCACGCAAAGAAUUGUGGGAUCUGUUGCAGUGUGUCGAAACGUAUUGUCCCGAGGCCCAAGAUAUAACGGCUAGUGUGCGCGACUUACCCACCGUUCGCACUCACAUCGGUCGUGCCCGGGCCUGGUUGCGUAUAGCGUUAAUGCAAAAAAAGUUGGCCGAUUAUUUGCAGGCUCUGAUCGAGCAUCGUGAGGAUGCCCUUUAUGAUUACUAUGAACCACAUGCUUUAAUGAUGAGCGAUGAGAUUGUUAUAAUUAUGGGCAUUUUGGUGGGCUUAAACGUCAUCGAUUGCAAUCUUUGCGUUAAAGAAGAGGAUUUAGAUUCUCAGCAAGGUGUCAUUGAUUUCUCAUUGUAUCUUCGUUCAAGUUCUCGCAAUAAUGACAUUGAAGAAGAAAAUCAACAGCAGCAACAACAACAAACAAAUAUGGACGCCAAUGGUCAGGGUAACAUGAUUGCGGUUUUAGAUCAAAAGAAUUAUAUUGAGGAACUAAAUCGUCAUUUAAACGCAACGGUUGCAAAUUUGCAGGCCAAAGUUGAAUCUUUGACCACCACAAAUGCUUUGAUGAAAGAGGAUUUGGCUAUAGCCCGAAACAGUUUGUUAGCAUUACAAGCCGAAAAUCAGGCUAUGAGGCAAAAUUCUAUUGCAAAUGUCGGACCCCCAUCUCUUAAUUCCAAUCAAAGUGACAACAGCUCCAACAAUUCCAAAGAUAAUGACAAAAAUGCUGUCGAAUCACUAAAAACCGAAUUGGACAAGGAAAAGAAGAAAACCAUGGAACUGGAGAAAGAAUUAAAAUUACAAAUAGCUUUAAAGGCUGAAUCCGAUAUGGCCAUGAAACUCUUGGAAAAGGAUAUACAUGAGAAGCAGGAUACCAUUGUAUCUCUGCGACUGCAGCUGGAUGAAAUAAAACAAAUCAAUUUGGAAAUGUAUCGUAAAUUACAGGAAUGUGAAGAUGAACUCACGCAGAAGGGCGAAAUGGUAGCUCGUCUGCAAAACAAAGCCUCGCAAAUUGGCAACAUUCUACAAUCGCUAGAAAAGAAAUACGAAAGCAAAAUGGACACCUCAAUGAUGGGCUCGUCGUCGUCGGCAACGGGAAAUCCAGCGGAAAAAUCACCCACCAGUCGCCGGCAACAGAAUCUACAAAUCUUCGAAGCAUUAACCAAAAAACAUAAACAAGACAUUGGACCACCUAUGAAACGUUUACAUUUGAAAAUGGAUGGUAUACCGCCAUUUAAUCCUAACAAUUAUCGUAAAUCCCCCUCGGCCACAUCCGAGAAAUUCCAUGAAUCUAUACCGGAAGUAAAGACUCCAAUGUCAGCUAAAUCGCUUAAGCUGUGCAUGGAUGAGGGUACCGACAGUGCCACAGUGGCUGAAAAUAAUGUGCAUAAUAAAAAUUCAGAUUCAGAAAUGCUAACGGCAGCUUCAUUGCCCAAUAACAACACCGCGACUGCAGCGAUAAGUGGAUUUUAUGAAUCUGAAGAAAAGAAGGCGACACCAACUCCUCCACCAGCAACGGCUGUUAAUUAAGGAAAAUUGUUUGUAUCUCUGCCUCUGUUUAUCUUCUUUUAGAAGUUGAAAAUUUUGUUAGAUUAUAAAAAGUUUUAUUGCAUUUAGUAUAUAUUAUAUUUAUAAUAGAAAUUGAAAUGUAUUGGUAUAUUUUAUUUAAAGAUUUUCCAUAUUACUAUUGUUUUCGAAUUGUAAACAUUAGUUUUUAAGAUGAAAGGGGAUUCAAAUUCGCUAAUUUUAUAACUUGAUAAUUAUCUUAAAUAUGCAAGAGUGAGUUCAAUACGCAUGUAACGUCAAUCUACGCAUCAUGUAAGAGUCAUACAUAAAGUGAACUUUUCUACAUUUUAUAUUUAGUACUUGUAAAACAUACUUUUGAGCUGUUCCUCCGACAAUUUUUAAACCUCAAAGGAUCGUUAUAUUAUAAAAACUAAUACUACACAAUAGUAUGUAAUAUAUGUACACUUAAAUUAUAUAUUGAAUAAAUUGAUUUAUGCUGUAUUUUAAAUAGUUUCUUCUUAGUAUAAAAAUUCUGAGAAGAACCUCAAAGUAUGCAAUAAAAAUGCUAGAUAUAAACGUGGAACAAGUAACGUUACAUAUGACACCAACAUAAUGUGUAAACUAAUUUUUACAAAAAAAAGUUGGUUGAUAUCAGCGUUCGAAAAUAAACAGUACACUAACAUAGUGUACUGUACCGGUACAGUAUCACUAAAAAAAAAUUUAGCGGUAGUGUUCCGGUACACUACCACUAAAAAAUAUUUUAGUGAUACUGUACCGGAACUCAACGAUGAUCGUAGUGUACCGCAGUCGGAGCGCUAAAAAUCGUAGUGUACCGCAGUCGGAACACUAAAAAAUCGUAGUGUACCGGAGUCGGAGCACUAAAAAAACGUAGUGUUCCGCAAUCGGAACAUUAAAAAAUCGUAGUGUAGCACAUGACCACAUUAAAAAAUCGAAAUCAUAAAACUGAUUUUAAACACUCAGCCAUACACUAUAAAAUAUUUAGUUUUUUACACCAACACUCAUUCAUUUUUCGGUACCACAAAAUAGCAGGUAAAUUAUUUGCAUAAUAACCCAUUGCAAUGCAACCACUAAAAUACCCUUUUUCGCGGAAAAUUUCAAUUUUGAAUGGUUAAAUACAAAUUAUUAUGACUUCAGAUUUGGUCCUUUUUUAUUCUUUCUACCUAUUCCCAUAUUUUUCUACUUUCUUCAAUCUUGCAACCAAUCUAAACAUACAUGACAAAUAAAAUAAAUCCAGCUUUUAUUUUCAUAAUAUUGAAUUAUGAUAGUAAUUUUUGCAUUAUCAAAAACAUAAAACAUCUAAUUUUUCUCACAAAUCGUAAACAACACAUUCCGCCAUGCGGUACACUACGAUUUUGUAGUGCUCCGACUGCGGAACACUACGAUUUCGUAGUGCUCCGACUGCGGAACACUACGUUUUUUAGUGCUCCGACUGCGGUACAGUACGAUUCUUGUUGUGCUCCGGUACAGUAUCACUAAAAUAUUUUUAAAUGGUUGUGCUCCGGUACGGUACAUUAUCUUAAUGUACCACUCCACCUAGGAACGGUACAGAACACUACGGUACAGUACCAUACUGUUUAUUUUCGAACGCUGGUUGAUAUACAUUCUAUAUUUUGUAAGAAUUGCAAAAUAUCGCUCGUUUAUAUCCUCUAUCCCACAUAGUAUGGAGAGUUUUUCAUUACGACGUAGCUGGCCGUGACAUUUUUAUGGGAUUGAAAAAUACCCCAUUUCGGUCUACGCUUUCGCACUCCACGUAUUCGUAUUAUGCCCAUAUUACGUUGCUUCCGUGAUAUUCGGUGUGGUUGUAUUUCCUUAUCCCCUAUACUACGAUAUCUCCCCGUUAUUCGGGGAGUUAAAUUUUUUCCGGGAAUUGUUUCAAAAUUUAUUCUUGGAUUUUGUAAUUAGCGCUACCACCAGAUUCUACUCGAGAGUUAAACAUAUUCACGAGAGGGAGUGCUUGAAGAGUAGGCUCAAAAUCAAACGCCAUAUUUUUCCAUUUUUUUUAAAUUUUAUUGAAUGAAAGCAAAAACUGUCGGAAAUAGCAUCAAAUUUUAAAACAAGUUAAGAUUUGUUCGAAUUAUGGCCUUCAAAGGGCCAAUGAAACCGUUACACGCUGUCCGAAUCUCGCUCUGCGGUAUUUUGGCCCAUUCCCGGCGAAGCGAUUGCUUGAAGUGAUAAACACUUUAGUAUUUUUUAGUGCCAACCUUGCUUUCCAAAAUACUACAGACACAAUAGUCCAACGGAUUGGUAUCCGGAGAUUUUGGUGGCCAUUGUGCGCUGGAAAUAAAGCGAGGAACCUCAUUUUGUAACCAUUCUUGGGUGGACCGUGCUUAUUGGGAUGGUGAUGAGUCUUGUUGGAAUGUCCAAGGUCGCGGGCAAAUUGAUUGCGUGCCCAGGGCUUUAAUACACCCUCCAGGGUAUUUUCGCUAUAAUAUCCGGCAUUUAUUCUGAUGCUACGGUCGAUUAAUACGAGCGGAGAGCGACCAUCGGCUGUUAUGGCGGUCCACACCAUCACCAUGGCCGGCGCUUGAGUUCUUGUGGUCAACCGAAGGUGCACAUUUUCAGCUGACCUCUUUGGCAAGUAAACACGAUCAUUUUGUUUGUUUACAAACUGCUGGGCAACAAAUGCAGUCUGAAGUUGGCUGCAGUUUUUCAUCUCACCCUGUAUUUAUUAUGUUUUCCGUAGAUACAUUAUUAUUUGCUAUCGAUGGACUUUUACAAGUCGGGAUUAAUGUUAUGCAUUCCAGCAAACGUUGGUACUGCCACAUAUCCUAUACAUUACCAGUAUCUUAAUUCCGAUGAGACUUUUGCACAAUUUGAGUUAGUCAAUACAUUUUCAAAGCGUUCUGAAUCUCUUUUACUGGCUUAUAUUUUAACCAUUAUCUGGUAUGGGCAGAUAAGGUGAUCUAAGAUCUGUUUCACAACUCAAUUAAAAUACUACCUGUUAAAUUAUAUAUAGUAGCCUAUGUUAUUUUUAGAAUAAACCCUUUCAAACCUCUCUCUUAAAGUAGAACUUCUAUACUGCUUAUCGGGUUUAUCAUUUAUCGUUUCUCUUUGGAACGCACUCUAGUCAUUGCCAAAAUUUAAUAUUUCUCUUGAGAUCUUUUAAAAAUAAAUUUGCUCUAUUCUCCUACAUUUCAUAAUAUUGUUUUAUUUUUGCUUAACUCUAAGCCACACCAAGAAAAUUCUUCGGAUGAGUAAGUUUGGAAAUGGGAGAAAGUUUUGUGAGAAAGAAGGGAGUCGAACCAACUUUUUCUUUUUUUCAAAGUUCUCUACAAAAAUCUUACUCUACAUUUACUUAAUUAUGGUAUUAAAAUUUAAUUUCUAUGAUAUUUCUCAUUUGAAAAACAAAAAUUAAUUUGUAAAAUAUUUCUUAAAAUAAAGCAAGACAAUUAGAUGUAUUAUAAAGAAAAAUAUUUAAUUUAUUAAAUAUAUUAUAUUAUAAACACAAGUAAAUUAUGCCUUUAAAUAAAAAAAAAAACUAAAAUGUUAUGAAAAAAAAAAUUAAAUAAUAUAUAAAUUAUAUAAACGAUAGUAUAACAACACUAUUUCGAAAUAUUUUAGGUGCAAUUUAAACCUUUUGUUUGUCUUGAGGUUUAUAAAGCAUUUCAAUGCUAACUCAAAACAUUAUAUUUUUGCUGUCAAAAUUUCUAGUUGAUACAACCGGGUUUGAAUGAAAAUCUGUCUAUUUCAACGGAAACCUCUUAACAUUUAUAUUCAUUUUAUAUUGCUUUUUGAAACAAGAUUUCAGUUAUUUUUUUAAAUAAAUCUUGUAUGAAUAAAAAAAAAAUAUAAAAAAGAGGUCUAAAAUAUGUAUACAGGGUGCGAUAAAAAAAGCUGCAAAAAAAGUCAAACGCCAUAAUUUUUAAUUUUUUUUUCAAUUUUAUUGAAUGAAAGCAAAAAAAGUCUGAAAUAGCAUUACAUUUUAUAAUUAGUUUAGAUUUGUUCGAAUUGGUCACCUUUGGCACGAAUUAAGGUCAAUGAAACCGUCACACGCUGCCCGAAUGUUGCUCUGCAAGGUGAUCGACACUUUGGUAUUUUUUAGUGCCAACCUUGCUUUCCAAACUACUCCAGACACAAUAGUCCAACGGAUUGGUAUCCGGGGAUUUUGGUCUAACGAAUGUUUUCUCAUCGGAGAAAACCAAAUUCGGCAGUUCUUCACUUUCGGCCAAACGAAGCAACUCUUUAGCUCUUUUGAAUCUACUUUCUUUAUGUUGCGGUAUAAGUUCUUUCAUUUUUUGGAAUUUCAAUGGCUUUACCCCGAGCUCAUUUUUCAAUAUUUGCCGAAUGGAAUAUUGCGAUAUGUUCGGCUCACGAGCCAAUUUUCGGCCACUGUUACGGGGGUUUAGAUCAAGUCGCUUCUUUAAUUUUCGAACCAUUUCUGCUAAUGUUGCUGUUUUCUUCCAUCCACUACCUUGACGUCGGGCUACGCUACCAGUAUCACGGUAACGAGCGAUGGUACGAGACACAAAAGAUUUAUUCACAUUUAAAUGCUGGAGUGCUCUAACGAUAGCCACUUGUGGUUUUCCAGCCAAAUAUAAAGAAAUCACACUAUCACACUUGAAUUAUAUCACGAAUAACUUUUUUUUGGAAAAUGCUCACCAAAAUGCUUCUGUACGCUUGUAAACAAUAUGAUGAGCUGUAAUUUUAACAGCUGUCGGACGAGUGUCUUAGAAAUGACAGCAGUCUGAAGUUGGUUACCGUUUUUUCAUCUUACCCUGUAUAUUGGAUUAAAACUAUAUUUCGUUCAAUUAAAAGAAAAUCUUCGAAAUAAUCAAAUUUGUUUACUUUCAAUAUUUGCUCUGGCCUUGAAAAAAAAUUCAAACUAGUAGAUUCUUGCAGGUUCUGGAACAGACCAAUUUAUUUAAUUUCAAUUUUUUUCAAAUUUUCAAAAUAACAUUUCUCAUUUUGAAAUAAAGGAAUAUAUAAGAUAUUGUGAGUUCAAAUUCAAUACGUUGUCUGUGAGUUUUCUUCUUGGGAUUCCGAUCCCCAGCAAAGUGAACUUGUUUUGAAUUACAACUAUAAUAUUUCGAAUAGUAAUUCUAUACACUAAUGGUAUGGCUAAUGGUAUGUGGUACCUAGGACUUGUAUCCCAUGAAAAAAAGAAAUCCUAGAUGUUGUAACAAAAAAAAAUUAAAAA